AAUUAAAUCGGCGCGUGACCUUAGUGACCGCCUCUUACAUCGGACGAUGGUCGAAGGAAACCGCGACGAACCGUCUCUCAUGGACAUUCGCGCCAAAUCAACGAAUAAGCGUAAACCCUCGGCGAAUAAGGCUCACCGCGCUCGCAAUGAUCACCGGAAGAAGAGGCGGAGAUCAACGCUCAGUUCAGAAAUCGUAAUCCGAACAUCCAGCGAGCCUCCAAUACUUGCCGCGUCGAAUAGGUUCGAACCGAUUCGUUCUCCCUCUCGAAAGCACGAGAAGAGGAGGUCGAGUCAGAGGGAUGGCAAUCGUAGAUGGGUGUACUCUGCUCGUGAUUGCUCAAAAUUUAUAGAUAAGAUUAUGGUUGCUUCAUAUAACAUACUAGGAGUGGAAAAUGCAUCGAAGCAUCCAGAUUUGUAUCAUAGAGUGCCUUCCAAAUUCUUGAAUUGGAGUUUCCGGAAAGAGCUUAUAUGCAACGCAAUUAAAUUUUACAAUGCAGGCAUCUUAUGCUUGCAGGAGGUUGACCGUUUUAAUGAUUUAGAUGAACUUUUUCAAAAGUACGGCUACAAAGGUGUUUACAAGGCUAGAACUGGUGAAGCAAAUGACGGGUGUGCUGUAUUUUGGAUCGACAAAUUAUUUACCCUUUUGCAUCAAGAAACUAUAGAGUUUCAGAGUUUUGGGCUACGUAACAAUGUUGCUCAGCUAUGUGUUUUGAAGAUGAAUCAAUCAGAAUCAAAGCUCAAAAAAAGUCGAACCUUUUUGAUUGGGAAUAUACAUGUUCUUUUCAACCCAAAUCGUGGAGACAUCAAGCUUGGGCAGGUCAGACUGUUUCUUGAAAAAGCUCACAGCCUCUCCCAAAGAUGGGGAAACAUACCUGUAAUUAUGGGCGGGGAUCUGAAUAGCAUUCCAAAGCUGGACAUCCAACUGCAUGAUCGCAGAAAGAUUUCAGGGCAGCUUGAUUUUUUAUCAUCACGUGGAGCCUUCAGAUUUUCGAAUGAGAGUACGAAAUGGCUCAAUGUUUCAGCCUCAAGGUCAUUCAGGUGGAGUAAUGAGGAAUUAAGGAUUGCGUCUGGUGGUGAAAAUGUCACCUGUCUGCAACACCAUUUAAAGCUUUCCAGUGCAUAUCAUGGGGUUCCUGGAAGUUUUAAAACAAGAGAUGCUAAUGGAGAACCUUUGGUAACUUCAUUCCACUCCAAGUUUAUGGGAACUGUUGAUUAUAUAUGGCACUCAGAAGAACUUGUCCCGGUUAGGGUUCUGGAAACAUUGCCCGUUGAUGCAUUAAAGAAAACUGGAGGGCUCCCAAGUGAGAAAUGGGGCAGCGAUCAUCUUGCUCUUGUGUGUGAACUGGCCUUUGAUGAUGAUGGCAACGGACUUGACUAUUUAAUUUUAAUCAUGCCAGAUUGAAGCAUCCCCUUAAUUUUUAUUGAAUGGAGGUUGUUUCUUCACCAUUUCCUUUUCAGUGUUCUGCAUGAUGGAAUUUGAGUAAUUGACUAGAUCACUUGUAUUGUUAGGGGGAAAUAGCAUCAGAGUCCUUAGGAAAUGCACAAUAUGAUGGAUUAGCACGUUUAGUAGAUAAAAUAUAGUAGAAACUGUAUUUUCAGUCCUAAAUUUAUGGAUUUGAAGAAACUGCCUCGAACAUACCCCAUUUAUAAUUUUUUUUUUUUUUUUUUUUUGCAAACCCAUUUUGACCUUCUGCAACUUGUAUAAUUCUAGGCUGACUGUAAAACUCUUCUUCAGCUUAUACUUUGACUUGUACACAGAUUUGUUAUUGAGAAACUUUCAUGCAACUCUUAGAUAUUUUUGGGUUGAAAGGUAGUCUUGUCUAAAUAUUUAUAAAAGUGGGUGGUGUCAGUUCGUUCUUUAUCCUUUAAUGUUGGGGUAAAAAAAUGUGGUUUCUAAUUAAUUUCUGUUUCUGUGGGGGAAAAAAAGGUGGUGGUGUUUGCCGAUUGUUGAUGUCAUGUCCAAGGUUCCAACUUUAUGGUGAAGGAGUGAUGUUCCCAAAAUAAAUUGUGCAGCUAAGAUUCGAUUCUUCCACCAAUCUCGCCUUCAUCUGUCCCAAGGUGAAGAGCCCCACCUUUUUGUGUAACAUGUGUAGUUACAUUGAACAUUAUGUGAGGGAAGGAAAUAAACUAUGCGCGGCAUAAUGAUGCGUUUGUCGUUUGCUUGUUCGAACGUGAAACGCUUUGUUUUCCCUUAAUUUUCUAUAUAACACUUGGUCGAUUGAUAUUUA